UUCCUCUACAGGAUAUCUAGAGCUACCUAAUUGAAAUCAAAAUUACAACAUAACCAGCUAUGGCCUCUCACCACAGUUGCAUGAUAUUGGCCUUUCUCAUUGCUAUUUCCUCAUCAAGCAUAAACAUGGCAUUAGCAGCCCGCCAACUGUUGCAAACAACAUUGCCACCUUUGCCUACAGUUCCAACAUUGCCUCAGGGAAAUGUUCCACCUUUGCCUACUAUCCCAUUACCAUCCAUGCCUAACAUUCCAAGUGUCCCAAAGGUCACUCUGCCACCACUUCCAACAACUUCACUGCCAAACUUUCCAUCAAUCCCCACCAUUCCAACCACUUUUCCUUCCAUCCCCUUCUUCUCUCCACCACCUUCAACCACCACCCCCUGAAACUGAACCUCCCCUCCUUCUCUUGGAGUUGGACACACUCAUCUGUACCAUGUUUUAGUCUUAUACUAUAUACACAUACAUUCUGUUUUUAUUUGUUGUUUAUCUUCUGUUCAAGAUGCUUUUAUCUUUUCAUUGUUCCAUUUGUUCUUUGCUUUUCAAUAUCUUGUUGCACUUUUGCUUUUACUUCAUGUACUUGGAGACCCAUUGUUAUAGACUCUAUUAUUACAUGAUUAUAAAUCUUCCUUUCUUGUUCAC